CUCACAAACUCACACACAAGUGCUCAGGCAGUCCAGCUGGCGAGGAAACACAGGUAUGAUGACCCUGCUCAAGGACACCCUCCAUGCCUCCAACAACAGACACCUUCUCCGCAACUGAACGUCGAGGCAGAAUUAAUUUCUUUAAAGACAUGAAGAGGAAUCUCUAAGGACGUUUUUCUUCUUUUUUCAACCCCACAUCAUUUGACUUUUCCUCAAGCUCAGGGAUUGUUACAGCAACAUGAGUGUGAAGAGGAAAAAGGCCGGGCUGGUAAUCCGCUGGCAGAAGUCAUUCUCCAUCCUGGCUCCUUGGAGGAAAGGGAAAGGAGACCGAGAUGCAGUGCUGGAUAGUGAUGUUGUCCUGACAAAAAUGAAGCUCUUCAGCAACUUCCAAGAGAGUCUCCUGAUAGCCGAUGACACCACCUCCACCAUUUCCAGCUCUUUCGAGCAGGACAUCAAAUUGUCUGAGGGGAAUUCACACCUUGACGAUAAGUCCAAACAGCCCCAGAUGGAGUCCGGCUCAGACUACUUGUCUACUAUUUUCUCAGACUCUCAGCUGACGAGGUUAUACAAGUUUGAGUCGGAGGACUCUGGAGUGGAGCUACCCAGCGGAGCUAACUCUCCAUCCACCCCAACAGACUCUGAGCAGAGCUUUGUGGUCCACAGUCGAGAGUCUUCCUGCGACUCCUGCAACUUAAACUCCGAUCCUGAAACUCUCACUGAUAAACUAGUCACAUAUGCACAGAGCUCUGAGAUAAAACAGGCAGAGGACUUGGUGGAUAAUAGUCUGAGUACGGCAGUUAAUGCUCAGGACGAUGUGUUCUUACACUCGGAGCAACUUAGUUCUUCAGCUGCGAGAGUAGAACUGCACAUAGAUGAGGACAUGGACAGGGACCAGUGUAUGGCUCCAGGAAUCAGCCCUGAAGGAGAUGAGGAGAUGCCUGGACAGAUCGAGGAAAACAGUAGUGUAACUGAAAGGAACUGCUUGGAGCAUAUGAGGCAAUAUGGGAAGAAAUUGUCAACAGAAGCCUGUGAUGUCAUGACAGGCAAUGACUUUGAGCCAGAGCUUACAUGGAGGAGUGCCACCACUGACAGCCUGGAGGAGUACAUGGAUGAAUGCUGUAGGCUCAGUGAGGCACAACAGGGGAGUUCCAACCCUCUGGGUUCAGGCCUGGGUUACCUGACACACAUCUGCCAACUCAUUGAGAAGAUCGGCCAGCUUCAGGAGACAAACUUGCAGCUGCAGAGGCAGAUCUGCAGCCUGCAGAAGAACAGCAGAAUGACAAAGACCAAAGAGGACUUUUUCCAGCAGCACUGCAGCUGUGGUGCAGCCAGCAUGGCCUUCCAGGAUGCUCAGAAGAGACACUCCAGAAGUGAGUUUUUGUCACCCAGCGGAACCCUCUCUGACCUGACCACAAUCCCAGAGGUCACACGGCAUUCAUUCAUAACCAGGAGAGACACCAGCAGUGAGGGUUUGACACCGGUCCCACUGUGGAAAAGAGGCCUGAACCGAAGGAGUUACACAGAGGGGGAGGUCCGCUUCCUCGGGGACAGCACCGAAGGGCUCUCCAUCCCCCAGUGCAGGCUGAGUGAAAACUACACAUGGGGCCGAGUCAAAGACCUGGUGAGGAAAACAAAACUGAGGAACCAGAGCAGACUGGGACUGACUUCCACCUCAUUGAAGAUGUCCUGCCCACAACUCUACAUGCCUGAUCGGGGACCAGUAGAACCUGCUGGCAGAAACAGGAACUCCAUGAUCACCUUGGGCCACCAGAGCAAAAUGGACUUUCUUUGGCAACAAUAAAGAUGCAGAUCCAGAUGGUCUUGUGCUGGGAAGAGGAGGACACCUAAAGUUUGACUGGAAAAGAAAAAGGAGGUAACUGCGAAGAAAGAAGAAAGUGAGGGGAUGUUGUUGCUGCUGCAUGUAAUGGAGAAUGGGAGUAUUUAUGUGAGACUCAUGUAAUGUAUAUUGUAGUGGACAUGAAAAAUAUAAAUGAUCCUGGAUUAAAAAGACGAGGCUACUAUAUGUCGAAAUGAUCUACACUGUGAUGUAGGUUAACUGCAUAUACAUUCUCUGUUGAUACUAUCUACACUAGUGUAUGUUUCCGUUAGGAAGCUGCAAAUCUGUAACAAUCCAACUGAUGUGAACAUACACAUUCUAUAACUUUACAUUUUGUAUAAUGUUGUAAAUGGACAGAUGGCAGACUGCUUUGUACAGUGUGUUAUAUAACUGGAGCGCAUGCAGUGAUAAUGCAUGAACCCUGCAGGGAACCAGUGUAUCAUAUAUCAUGUUAAUAUAUGAACUGAAGAUAAAAUGUCAGUGAGUCUCUUCCAUCAAACAUUUACUUUUUUAAUUUUCAGCCCAUAAACUGAUGAUAGGUGGUUGGGAUAUAACUGGAAUAUACAGUGGGGCAUUCUCCCACUU